CACACGUACACUCUCUCUCUCACACACACGUACACUCCCUCUCAUACACACUGCAACUCACACGGAUCUCGUCAGAUAGCCUUUAUAUUUGCAUUCUCUGACACACCUUCAACUGGCGCAGAGUGGUCGAAGGAUAGCGAGGGUGACGCAGGGAGGGUUUAGGCAAAGUUCAGAGGAACCCCAACCUUACAAAAGAAGCAAGCACACAGUGCAUCACCCCAUCUGCAGGAACCUUUCUGACCCUCUGCUACCACAGGGCUCGGCCGCUGUCAGGAUGGGCUGGUUGAGCGCACUCUUGCUCCUCACGGUCAUUGGAAAAGUUUGGACCAUUUGCCGAAUGCCCGAACGCCUAUACCAGAGACCGCAGAGUGAUCUGUGCCGAGCCGAACUGGCCGAGACAAUCGUCUAUGGCAAGGUGUUGGCCAUCUACAAGGAUGCCCACAGCGGGAUCAGGCUCUACUUCAUGCCAGACACGUAUUCGGCGGAAGUGGAAUUGUUGUGUAACCCAUCUUCACACAGUUCGAAGUUGGGGGCGACUGGGUCCAGGUUUAACCUGACUGGACUGGGCCACGUCUUCUGUCGCCCCUACUCCGCCAACGUCAUUGAAAACAACAGCUAUUAUUUCUUCAUCAGGAGGGAUGAAAAUGGCAACUUGGUGCUAGAUGCAGUCAAUGACACCAAUCCAAUUUUCCCUGACACACCCGAAAACAAGCAUAUGUUCUCUAGCAUCUUCCAGUUCUCCAACUGCAUCAGCGGCACCAAUCAUCAUACCUACUCACCCGAGUUGGUACAGCAAGAGGAUAAUCAGCUCCCCUGCUCAAUCGUGCAGAAGGCCUUUUACGAGAAGAUAGACCAGGUGCGGAUGCUCAACCUGAAAGUGAAGUCUCUGGAGAUGUCUAUCAACCAUCUGCGUGAGAAGGUGAAGGGAACUAAACGCUCAUUCAGGCAGGUGAAGAAAGAGAGCAGGCGGGAGGCAAUGCUCAUGAAACAGCAGAACAAGGAAACAGGAAAGUUGAACGCAUUGGCAAAUGGAUCCUGAAACCAGUCAAGAAACCAGUCAACCACAAACUGCAACGUUCCAGACUCACUGGUUGUAACGGUCUUUUAGUUAGAGAUGAAAUGCUUCUAUGCAUUACAUAUGGAAACACAUGGAAACUACCUACUCUAUAGCAGCAAUCUAUUCUCAGUAACAUUGUAGUUGUGUCAACUAGAAAAAUAUAGUUGUGUAGCUUGGCUUUCACAUUUGCGUAAUAUUUCUCAGACAAUUUAAGUUUAAUUUCUGUUUAUAGCAAGAGUAAUUGAGUUUAGAUAGAAGCAAGUUGAAACGGGCAUGGGACCCAAUGCAGAAAACUGGUGGAAACUUCCCUGCAGUGAUUGGCAAGUUGGCAAAACUUUGGCAAGAUUCCAUAGGGAAACAAUGUUGACGUGUAAAAUAGAACAGACUGUACCAGGGCAGGAAUUCAUGAUGUAUUGGGAGGAAACAUUUAUUAGUAAGAGCAACUUUUACACAGUCCUGUCUACACUUUAGUGACCAGUUGUUAAAUUUAUUCUCUAGCUCUGUCAUUGAUGGCCUCACUUCAUUGGAAGUUGAACCAAAUCCAUCAGUUUGGUUCAUCCUUUGAGAGCAUUUUAAAUUCAUGGAUAAAAACAGACUAAUGAUAUUUAAAACACAGAAAUUGCAGAAGAGGGACAAUAGCAUAUCUUGUAACUCACUUUAAUUGUCUUGUAGUGAUAGAGUAAUAGAGAUACAGCACGGAAACAUGCCCUUCGGCCCACCGAGUUCAUGCUGCCAUCAACCACCCAAUUACACUAAUCUUUCAUGAAUCCCAUGUUUUAUUCUCAUUAAUUCCCCUGAUUCAAAAUUCGGUACAAUGAAUAGAUAAGAACGCCACCUUUUGAUUACUCUGUAAUGGAUAUCAGCUGUCACCUAUCAUUCCCGGUACAACUCCAUAUUGUAAACCUAAGACUAACAUUUUCUAAUGAUAAAACAAUCUGGAAAGCUCAUUAAGCAGGUAAAAGCACCUUUCAUUAAUACUGAGUCCAUUGCUAAUUAUGCUGUAAUUUGGUUUAACUUCAUUGAAAGAUUUCACGUAACUCAGGGGUCAGGCGGCAUCUCAGCAGAACAUGGAUAGGUGACGUUCCAGAACUGAACCAUCGCAUGUCCAUGUUGCCUGACCCACUGAGCUACUCCAGCACUCUGUCUUUUUAGUAAACCAGCAGUGCAGUUCCUUGUUUCUUCAUUUAAAUAUUGUUUUUUCCAAAUAUAAAUGGUUAAUUUGAAUCACCAUCACCAGCAGUCCAUUUAAUAAAGUUAGUGUUCAGACAUCCAGAACCACUUUCCAUUAGGAGUUUGCAAUGCUUUUAAUCACAAUUCCUUUUGUUUAGCUGGAAUAGACUGUGCUUUUUUUCUGUGUGGUUUGGUCUAUGAAUGUUGCUUCAUGCCAUGAUUAAGCAAUAAAUGUAUAAUUUCUGUAGAGAGAAGGUGUACCACUCAUUAAACUCAGUAACUUGUGAGAAGAGUGUUA